CUACCAGUUACCAGCUAUGGAAGAGGAAGGCUCAGCUGCGACUAGGGUUUAUCUUCAGGAAAAGCAAGACUCGGACCAGAGUUUUACCGAAGAGGAAGAUAUGGAUGACAAAUGGCUGACAAAUGACGAUUGUCUUAGUGGACCCUCAGGGAACAAGGGACGUAUAGGAGUCCUUUCCCAGCUCGAAAUGCUCACAGAUGUCAAAAGACUUCAUCAUGCAACUGACAAAAUGAAUUCUCAUCAGCUGCAGAGGCAAACAAACUUAUGCAAAGACGAGGACGUAGAAGUUCCUUUUUUUAAGAGUCAGAAUGGUGACUUCAUCAACAAAAAUGAUCAUUGGAUGACGUUGUCCUUAGAUGAUGAAUUUUGUCACGUUACUAGAAUGACAUCCACUUGUAAUUCAGAAGAGGAAAUUAUCUCUGAUGAUGAGCAGAUGAGGCCUUCUACUGAUGGAAAUUUAAAAAGAGAUGGUAAAAGCACAAUGCCUAAAGUAAGUGAAGAUCUCAAAUCAGGAGUUUUCUUGAAUAGAGAAGCUGGGUGUUCAUCGUCGUACGGUGUUUCAUCAAAUUUGAAGAGAUCAUAUAAAGGAAGCCGGGGCAAAGCUAAGCCCAAAUUUUUGUUCCAAUCCCGGCCACAGAAGAAAGAUUUUGCUUUGGUUGUUCAUGAAAGUUGUGAAACCAGCACUCCCUUAUCUGUUCUUCCCCUAAACGUAGAAUUAGACAUGCAAAGAAAAAAUAUGGAGUCACUGGAUGACUUAUUGGAGAAUUUUGGUGGAAAUGAAAUACAACAGUUUGAGGAGAAUUUGGUGCCAUCUGAAGUAGCAGUUGUACCUGAUCCAAAUGAGCAUUCCAUGGCCGAGUUUCUGGAUCACUUUCAGCAUACAAGUUCCCUAUCACGAGGCAAUUCUAAAAUGCAGCUGCAAACAAGAAAACAAGGAUCACGGUUACAGAAGAGCAACUUAUUGCCUCUCGGUGACAGAAACAUGAUCAAUGGCGAUCAACCUGAGGUGCUAGAUGGUGACUCAUCUAGUGAUGAGGAUAAAAUUCCCCAGAUUCAGAAUUCUGCUAUACCUCAGAGGAGCAUGGCGGACCAAUUUCAUCUAGCAUUAGGAGCUGUACCUACGAAUGAGAGGCUAUCUAUUGCAAGGCCUAAGCAAUUCGGGUUAUCUGGAAGGUUGCAACACGUGAUGCAAUGUGAAAAAGACAGAGAUACAUAUUUCUUGGAGAAGUUACAAACACAUGAUGCUUCAAGUGGUGCAGAAAGCUUCAUUGAUGUGAGAAUUUUGUCAAGUUCUUUGGAGGCCAAGCUGACUGUUUGUUUUUGUGCUUUACAUGGAGAUGAAGAGGGUUCUGAGUGCCCAAGCAAUCCUCAGAAAAGAAAGGGUACUGGUGGAAGGAAGUUAACUAUCAUUUUUAGCUCAAGAGUCUGUAAAGAUGUCGAGCUUGAAAUAGGCAAUGUUAUCCGCAUACAUCAGCCUUGGAAGGAGGUACAUGUUAAUGAGAAAGAUGAGGCCAUCAUUUUAUGUGCAUAUUUCUCUCAGAUUUAAUCUUUGGAUCACAUUUUAUACCAAGGUCACUUUACCAAUUUCAAAAUGUGGGCUCAUGACGUAUCUUACUGAUAAAUUGCCCACACAUACGUAGAAAGGUAAAUAAAAUGGCCUUCAUGUCUCUGUGGAUGGAGGUUGAGUCAACAGAAGUUGAUCCUGUUGCUUCCAGACGGCGAUAGACAAUGCAGCUCGAGCAGAAAAUGAAGACAAACUUGGAAGGAUUAUUGAUGUAUACUAGGUGAGAGUGAGGGAACGAAAAUACUCGGGAGGAGAUAGCUUCACCCUGGCAAAGUUGCACCAUGUCCAAGUUAUACACUGCUGGAUGGGAACUAAAUCCAAGGAUGUCUUUAAUUGUCAUCCUUAUUUAAGAGCUUGCUGUGCAGAUAUCUGGGCAAGGCCAGCUUGGUCUAAGGGCCUUGAGUUGCAUAAACAGUAAAAUCAAGUAAAUUUGGCCUGUGAUUAACACCAGGAUAUUCUAUUAUCUAAUUUCCAAUGAGGAGGAAUACGCAAGCAGCAGGUCAAAAUGCAUCUUGGCAUUUGGAGG